UGCACGCGCGCCUUGAGGAAUGUUUUACUCAUAAAGGGUCAUAAUGUGCUUCUGGCGGAGAGGGUGCGCGCGGCUAACACUGGGGUAACGGUCCCCGGCCAUCACCAUCAACAGUACUGCAUACAGCUUGUCAGGUUAGUGUGUUAGGUGAAAGUGAGGACUGCAGAUCAGAGUCAAGAGUGAGGCGCUGGAAAAGCAUAGCAGGUCAGGCAGCAUCCGAGGCGCAGGAGAGUCGACGUUUCGGGCAAAAGCCCGAAAUGUUUGGACAGCCGCUGUCAACACUGCUGUGAUUCAAAUAGUGGAUGGUGGAUCACCGCCACCUUCUCAAGGGCAAUUCAGAAUGAAAUCGAGAUUAUGAAGGUUUCCUGUCUUCUCUGCUGCUUCCUGCAGAAUUCCGUAGCUCAGUGUUUGCAUUAAGAGCAUUCAAUGUGGAAUUGGCUCAGGUUCAAGAUUUAGUAUCUCAGAAGACAAUAGGUCUGAUGAGGAUGCAGUUUUGGAGGCAAGUGAUUGAAGAUAUUUACAGUGAUAACCCUCCCCAUCAACCCAUUGCCAUCGAACUGUGGAAGGCAGUAAGAAAGUACAAGCUGACUAAGAGAUGGUUUCUGCGUAUUAUUGAGGAACGGGAAAGGAAUUUGAAUGAAAAAGCAUUUAAAAAUAUCCAAGAGCUGGAAGCUUACGCGGAAAACGCUCAGUCAUCAUUCAUCUAUCUCGUAUUGGAAGUUUUAGGUGUAAAGGAUAUCCACGCAGAUCAUGCAGCAAGUCAUAUUGGAAAAGCUCAAGGAAUUGUGACAUGUCUACGUUCAACACCUUAUCAUUGUAUGCGACGGAAGGUUUACCUUCCACUGGACAUCUGUGUACUGCAUGGUGUGUCACAAGAAGAUUUUAUUCGAGCAAAUCAUGGAAAAAACGUGAGGGAUGUCAUUUUUGAUGUAGCAAGUCAGGCACAUGUUCAUCUUGAGCAUGCCCGAUCAUUCUGUGGAAAUGUUCCUUCAAAGGCCUACCCAGCAUUUUUGCAAACGGUUGUUCUUGAUGACUAUUUGGACAGAAUCCGUAAAGUUGAUUUCGAUGUGUUUCAUCCUAGUCUGCAGAAGAGAAAUACAAUGCUUCCUUUCUACUUGUAUAUACGUUCUUGGAGGAAAAUCUAUUAAAAGUCAAUCAGGGUUACAAUAGCAAAGUUUAAUAAUAGUGCUUGAUUCUUUAAAAAGUAAAUAUUAUAUAAGAUUGAUAAGGACAGUGUUCUGUCCUUUUUAUCCUUCAUGAACUGGGCUCAAAUUUAGAGCGGACUGACGGUUUGGAAGUCAAUUCAAUGACAACUUGAUGGGUCCCACAAGAAAGGAUUUGGGAUAGACAGUCAUUUCUAUUGAAACAGCAUAAAAUGGCUUGCAGUUCAGCACCAAUGUGCAUAUUUGCUAUAGAAGGUUGUCGAAGAUUUUUGACUAAGAAAUGUUGAAAAUACUUAAUAUUUUACCAAAAUUGCAUCUCAUCUGGAAGUACAUUGAUGAUAGAGGUAGAGGAACAUGUUCCACUCUUUGGUGUUAAUGUUCCAUUCUCCACCUGUUAGCUUUAAAAUCUAUGACACAAACACAAAGCCUUAAGGUUUUUUUUACAGUUCUGUUUAAAGCAAAUAAUAGUAACUUUAAAUAACAUUUUUUAAUGUGGUUUGAUAUUAUAAGGCACUUCACAAGAGUGUUACAAAAUUUGACAUGAGUCACAUAAUGCAAUAUUAGGGUAGAUGACCAAAAGCUUGAUGCAAGAACUAGAUUUUACAAGAAUAUCUUAAAAGAUAUUUGGAGAGGUAUAAAGUGGGAUUUUCAAAGCUUUGGAGCUUGGCAGUUGAAUACACAGCCAGCAGUGAUUGAAGAAUUAAAAUUGGAAAUGCGCAAGAGGCCAGAAUUAGAGGCAUGCAGAUGUCUUGGGAGUUGGAGGUGUUGUGGAGUUGACGAAAAUUUUAGAACUAAGGUGGUGACAUGCUGGGAUUUGAAAACAACAAUAUGAGCCUUAAUGUGUAAAUGUUGCUUAAUCUGGAGUUCAUAUGGGUCACUAGGAUCAGGAUGAUGGUGAAUGGGAUGCAUUGGGAGCUAAGGACACAAGCAGCAGAGUUUUUGAUUUCUUCAAGUUUUCAAAAAUAGGACAUGGGAGGCUGACUUAAGGUACGUUGGAAGAGUCAAGUCGAGAUGUAACAAAGGCAUGAAUAAGGGUUUUAGCAUCAAUUAAGAUGAGGUGGGGGACAGAGUUGAAUGAUGUUGCUGAAGGGAAAAUCAGCAUUCUUGAUGGUGGCAGGGAAAUGUGAUUGGAAGCUCACUUCAUGGUUCACAAAUAACAGAAAUUUGUGAAUUAUUUAUUCAACCACCUGUAUUUACUUUUCUGUCUUCCUUUCAAGUGAGUUCUUCCAGCUAAAACUAAUCACUGAGUUUCCAUGAAUUGUGUUUAUCUGGAGGUCUUCAAGGAGGCUAUUAAAAUUAUGCUGUUUUUAUUUUGGGUAUAAGACCACUAAUAGGAAAGUUCUAGAAGCUUUUGAAUGUAACCUUUUCAACUUUCUAAAAAACUGACUACUGUACACUGAUAUAACUACCAGCUGGUUCUGCAUAGUUUUCUCAAGUUAUUGUCAUUUAAAAGAGCAAUGCUCAGAUGGUGGAGUGCACUGAUUUUAAAAUCUUAAUUUUGUAGUACAUUCAGUUGUUUAAUUAAACUGUGAAAGUUACUAUACUUAAGAAUAUAAAGGAAUACUUGUCAAACUAAAGCAUCUUUUAGAAUCAUGGUCAUGGAACUGACGACAGCCAUUCAGCUCAUCACAUACACACUGGUCAAAAGUUCUAAAGUGCUGUUCAGCCAUCCUGGUUUAUAUAGAUUUUAUAGCCCAUGUAUAGUCUUAUUACAAUGCAACAAGACAAAGUUAAAAAUCACACGACAUUAGGUUAUUUGAAAAUCUGGUAGGAAAGUAAAUCUGCCAUAAUUACCCGGUCUCACCUGCAGCUGACCCCAGAUCCACAACAAUGUGGUUGAGCUUUGACUUCUUCAACUUUGAAACACUGCUUUAGUGUUCUAACCAAACACAUCUGGUCUGGAACUUUCAUAUUAAAAUCCCUACACUCAGGGAGCCUAUUUCCUAACACUUCUCAUCUAUCCCCUUUCUUCAGGAGAAACUGGUUCACACUAAACUCUGUGAACUGAACAAUAAGCUUUCCAAAUAAUAAGUAUUUCCCCAAGUAAAUUUUAAAAAGUGACCAAUCCUUCUAAACUGAAAGCAAACAAAUGUUCCUUAAUAUUUACUCUGACAGCUCAUUAAACCCUGUCACUGCAAACAAAUCCCUCUUAUCAUUCUGGGAAAUCACUGGUUCAAAGAACAUCAUGACUCCAGACAUACUUACAAAUUAACCAUAAAAUCUCCUCAUAGUCACAGAACAAAACUCUCAUUCCAAGAGUUUGAAGUAAAAAUUUUAAAGCAAAAGAUCAAUCUAUAAAUAUAUGUAAAUCAUACAUGUUCCAGAACACUGAUAGUGUCUGUCCAAUGAAAGAUAUUUCAGAGACGUGGUGAUGCAUGUAUUAAGGAUUAGUUUAUUGCUAGUUAUCUGAAUGGAUAGACUAAUUUGGGGUUUACCAUUUUGGCAAACUGGUUCAGAUGUGCUAAUUUGAGAUUGGUUAAAUUACUGUUUUGGUGAUAAUAAAAUGGUAUUGUUUUCUUUCUCCUGAUAUAUGCUUUUUUCCUUUCAAUAAAAUUAUGUUUCUUUCUUA